CUGAUUUUGGCCAUGGACGCUGGUCGUCCUGCAUGUCUCCACUUCACCGACCUCAACUUUCGACCCUUCACAUUUGUGGUCGCGACGUCUAGCCCUGCAUCUCUCAAUCCUCAAACCUAAAUCCAUUUUUUAACCCUGGGCACUGGAGAUUAGCUGUAAAGCCCAGGUAUCGCAGUCUUGCAAACUCAAUAUUGAGCCAUUAUGGAAUCUGCGCAGCACACGAACAGCGUGCGCUCCUUUCGCCUUAGACGCCAUGUCCCUAUCAUUCGAAUUUGCUUCACUCUCAUUGUGCUGUCAGGACUGCCCCUCGUAGAUGGUCUCCACCAUAUGUACCAAAAGGCACCACGCAAAAUAGAUCGUCGAAAGGAACCCAUCACGCCCCUUCUGGUCACGAACAGCUGUCCGGAAACGAUUUACCCAGGGAUUUCGACUCAAUCUGGAGACGGACCGAAAGAUAAUGGCUUCAAGUUGGAACCGGGGAAGACAUACAACCAAACUGUAUCCGAGGACUGGCAGGGGCGAGUAUGGGGUCGCACUAAUUGCUCUUUUAACGACGAAGGAACUGGCCCGAAAGAUGGUGGUCCGAAGGCUUGUCGCAGUGGAGAUUGUAAUGGCAUCGUGAAUUGUCAGGUUGGUGGGGACGUGCCAGUCUCUCUUGCAGAAUUUACGCUCGAUGCUGGAGACGGCCAUACCUACUACGAUAUUUCAUUGGUCGACGGCUACAACAUCCCCAUGGCAAUAGUUCUGCAGCCUUUGCAGAACGCUAGUUUGGAUGAUAUUCCACCCAACCUGACCAAUCCUUCAUGUCAGGGCACUGUUGGACUCUUGCGGGAGAAGGGCUAUGAUCCGUAUUCUAGUGGAUAUCAGGUCUUCCUUGGAACCAACAGCAGCUAUCCACUGCCUUUCGAGCAAAAAGUCGAUGAUGACCAAGUCUCAAGAUGGUGCCCAUGGGACCUGCAGCAGGAGCCACCCGAAAAACCAGGCGAUGGCGUUUAUCCCUACCCCGACGAUAACAUUCAGAGACCUGCAUUCAAUCCUUGCUAUUCUACCUGUGCAAAAAAUAACAAGCCUGAAGACUGCUGCACCGGAGAUCACUCAUCGCCGAGUACCUGCCAACCGAGUGACUACUCGAAGGCUGUCAAAGCCGUCUGCCCUGACGCGUACAGCUACGCGUUUGAUGACCAGACCUCUACAUUCAUCAUCCCCACGGGUGCCGGCUUUGAAGUCGUUUUCUGUCCCGGAGCUCGCUCAACCAACAUUUUAGCAACGGAGUCUGAUAAGUUGCAUCAGCUCGCCGAAAGUGGGCAUGUCUCCAAGAGCCAAUCCACGAUGAUGGAAAAGAUCAGGACGGAUGUGUUCCGGCGGAGUGGUGCGAUGCGGAACAUCCGAUUGGAUGGUACCAUUCUCACGAGAGCAGACGUGUUGGAUCCUUCCGUCCUGGGACGAAUGGAAGUGCCGGGAGAUGGCGUCGACGAAGCGGUGAGCGUGUCACUAACCGUCUUGGAAACGGACCUCAUGGCUCGAGCUCUGUCUGUCCACCACUUGGUUGAGGGUUGGUCCUUCAAGCAACUUGACGACGUAGACAACAAUGCCUGGCUUCCUGUUGCAAGAGUCCCUACUAAUAUUCACCUCGACCUCAUCGACAAUGGCAAAAUUCCGGAUCCCUUUUUAGGAUUUAACGAGCUCAAGGCCGAAUGGGUUGCAGACAGGGCUUGGACAUAUAAAGUUCAUCUUCCGGAUCUCGGAGAACCCCUGGAUGGCGCCGUCACCUUCCUAGCUUUUGAUGGCUUGGAUACUUUUGCAACCGUCAAGCUCAAUGGAGAGGUAGUACUCGAAAGCGACAACAUGUUCAUCCCCCAUCGCCUCGACGUCACAAACCUCUUGAAGCCAGGAAUGGGUAAUGUACUCCAAAUAGACUUUGCUUCAGCACGAUUACGGGCGAUUGAAAUCCGUGAGGCCCAUCCGGAGCACACUUGGGUUGGAUUCAAUGGCGAUAUGUCUCGCCUUGCAGUUCGGAAGGCGCAAUACCACUGGGGUUGGGAUUGGGGUCCAGUCCUUAAUACCUGUGGUCCAUGGCGCCCAGUGCGGUUAGAAACUUACCACGCCAGGAUAUCCGAUCUUCGCAUUGAGUAUGCCCUUGACGAUAGCCUCAAGUCUGUGAGCGGUACAAUUGCGGCGAACGUUGAAGGGCAGCUAGGCACGAGCGUCGCGUUCGAGGUUCACAGUGGCGAUGACUUGGUGUUUAAGGAGUCUGCAGAUGUCAGUGACGGGGUGGCCAAGGUCCAAUUUCAUGUGAAUGAUCCCAAGCUGUGGUACCCUCAUGGGUAUGGCGAACAGCCUUUGUACAAAGUGACUGCAAUGGUCUCGGCGGGCGACGUUAACUUGCAUCAAGCGACCCGACGAACUGGUUUUCGAAGAGGAGAACUUGUCCAGGAGCCUGACACUAUAGGCAAGACCUUCUUCUUCCGGGUCAACGGUGUGGACGUCUUUUGCGGCGGCUCCGAUUGGAUUCCUGCCGACUCUUUCACUCCGAGGGUGACGGCGGACAAAUAUCGCAAGUGGUUGGAAAUGAUGGUGGAUGGCUACCAGCUCAUGAUUCGGAUCUGGGGAGGAGGCAUUUGGGAGGAAGAUGUCUUCUACGACCUUUGUGAUGAACUCGGAAUCCUUGUGUGGCAGGAUUUCAUGUUUGGCUGCGGAAACUACCCAGCCUUCCCGGAUAUUCUCCAAUCAAUUCGCAACGAAUGUGUCGCCAAUGUCGGCCGGUUGCGGCAUCACCCAUCGAUCAUGAUCUACGCGGGCAAUAACGAAGACUACCAAGUGCAGGAGCAAUUCGGUUUAACAUACGAUUACGAGGACAAAAACCCGGAGAAUUGGCUCAGAACUAAUUUUCCUGCGAGAUAUAUUUAUGAAAAGCUGCUGCCCGAGGUCGUUGAGGCAGAGAGCCCUCAUGUGCCAUACCACCCGGGUAGCCCUUGGGGUGAUGGGCUAAUAACGUCGAAUACCAAAGUUGGUGAUAUGCACCAAUGGAAUGUCUGGCAUGGUACGCAAGAAAAGUAUCAAAUUUUUGACACUCUUGGCGGUCGCUUUAAUAGCGAAUUUGGGAUGGAGGCUUUCCCACAUAUUGAUACUAUCAGGUAUUAUUGCACGGAUCCUUCUCAACUGUAUCCGCAGUCGCAUAUGCUUGACUUCCACAACAAAGCAGAUGGUCAUGAACGACGAAUCGCGACAUAUUUGGUGGAGAAUUUUAGGACUCAAACAGACCUUGAGGCAUUUAUCCACUUGACGCAGCUAUCUCAAGCCGAGGCGUUAAUGUUCGGAUACCGUGGAUGGCGCAGACAGUGGGGCCAGCAGCGUUUUUGCGGAGGCGCAUUGGUAUGGCAACUCAACGACUGCUGGCCCGUCACAUCGUGGUCGAUUGUGGAUUACUUCCUGCGAAAGAAGCCAGCAUACUACGCCAUGAGACGCGUCUUGGCUCCAAUUGCUGUUGCAGUCAAGCGUGCACAUCAUGACUGGAGUGUGGUUCAUGCCCGAGUCCCAAAGAACAGCGAUUACGAAGUGUGGGUUGCGAGCAACCGGCCGACCGAAUUGACCGCUACGGUGGAAGUCCGGUUCAUAUCUGUUUCAACAGGGAAGGAUAUUAAGGAAAAGAUAGUCAAGAAGGACAUCAAGAUCGUUGCUAACGGGACAACGGAUGUCAUGUCAGGUUCGAUUGACAACAUGAAUGAGGAGCCUCACAUUCUGGCCGCAAGGAUCUGGAUCGAUGGUGAGAUAGUGUCGCGCGACGUCGACUGGCCGCAGCCUCUCAAGUACCUUAGUUUCGAGGACCGCGGUGUCGAGGUGUAUUCCAAGGGCGACACAAUAUUGGUUAAAUCAUGCAGGCCAACAAAAGGGCUGGUGUUUGAGGAAAGAACAGGCGUGCUCGUACACGACAGUGCCAUUGACGUCGUUCCGGGUGAUGAACAGGUUAUCAAAGUGAGGGGGCUUGCUGCAGACGAUCCACCACUCAAGUGGACAUAUCUGGGCAAAAGUUGAUGCAGAGACUCACAUGAUGUGCUUGACGCAGCGCCGCACCGCUGGCUGGGGAACAAGAAGCAAAUACAGGAGGCAGAAAAGGCAGGACUCAGGAGAUGGAGACGCAUGCUGACAGACAGACCUGACCCACUACGGUCGCGAUACAUGGCACGACUCGCAAAAAGCCAGCAAGCUAGCGCAACGGCUGGCUGAUGAGGGUCUCGAGGGCUUGCGGUCGGCUGCACGCCGCGGUGAUCUGACACUGGGAGCUAGGUGGUUGUGGGGGAAGGAUGGCGGAUUGCACUAUAAGACAGGGUAUGGGUGAAGUGAUAUUGGAAGGGGGGUAUAUGUGAGGACUGCUAUUACAUGUCAAUAAGGUGCCUGGCAUGAUAUUGAGAGGACCGAGAUGGAUGCUGUGUGG